CCGCCACGCUUGCUGCACAUCACGUGUGCUCCAGUCGUUGAAGAACCCUUCAGAAUCAUAACCCGUUUGACUUGAAUUUCCCUUUCAUGUUAGUCAACCGGUUGGCUCAGAAACUACCGAAACUACCUCAGACCACUUCGUAACCUUCAACGGGUCAAACAUCCACCAAAUUUCCGUAUUUACAUUUGCUUUCGAAUCGAAAUUAUGCAAACCGAUACCCCACACGCUUUGGAGUACGCCCCUCCAGAUGUGCGAUCUCCGUCUCCAACGAGCUCAGUUGGCAGCAGUCAUCCCGAGGAUCAGACAUCGCUGUCCGACUCCGAAGGAAUGCUCAGUCAACCGCAAUUUGAACAGAAAUGGGAGAGUAGAAUUGGACUGGGACAACCAUCACACAGAGAGCUCGAUGCAAUGAAAGAUCCCUUAAUCGCGAGACCAACGCCUGGUUCUGAAGAAGAAAAAAUGGCUUUUGAAAGGAUACUUCGAAAUCUCCGCCAUGAAGUGAACCUCCUUCACGAGAAUGAGAUGUUUGAACAGACCAUUCUUCGAGGUUCGAAAGCUGCAGCAGGGACUCCCGUAUACACGCGUGACAUCGAUGCGAUUAUGAACAGUAUGAUGGGACCGACGUCCACGACUGUUGGCUUCCCCAGUGUGACCUCAACUCCUUUUGCGGCUCCCUCGCGAUCCCGGUCAAGACCUUCGACAUACCACCCGUCUGCUCAUACAGAUAUGACGAACGGCCCUUGGAACGAUCCAGAGGUGACUCGAGGCGAGUUCGGAGCAGGAAUGGACUCUUUCGUAGGGGUCGUACAUGGUAACAAUAUGCCUAUGGAUCCCAUAGGAAUGAUGAUGCCACACCCCCCUCCUUCGGCUGACUUCGGUCUUACAAUGCCUGGGUCUGGCAGACGGAAUAAAGGACGGGCGAGCAGGAGAUAGCGAGUCGGAUUUAAUCAGGGUUACUACGCGUCAGGAGAUGUUUGUCGCCCUUGAGCGUGGUGCAAACUUGGAUUCACAAAAUUUCACAUGUAUCAUUUUGCUUUUUGUAGCAUUCUCAUGUAACAAUACAGAAGUACAUACUGGAUCGUGCGGUCGUAAUUUUAAGCUUCGUACCGCUGGAUUGUUCAC